AUGAGAACAAGUUGCGGCCGCGACGUCGUGGUUGCGCGAGCUCGACUGUAUGGUUUAGGUGGCUUCGGUGAGGGCGAUUGGGGGUGGUUUGCGGAGAGCACGGUGGUUGGCGCGGAGGUCUACAGGGACCGCAAGGGCUUGCGGGAGUGGCUAAAGGUUGCGGGGGGGAGCGGCAGAUGGUUUCGUGGUGGCUACCUAGGUCGCGGCUAUGACUUGUUGGCCUCUACUACACCUCGAGAAAGAACUCAGGAAAUCGUAAUCUAUGAGAACGACUUCUUCCUUCUCGUUUCCGCUUCUUAUCGCAACCACCAUUUCUCGAUCCUCGAAACCGCGUCUCAUCCUGGCCGCUUCUUCCGACGGUGA